UUAAACCUUGAAAAUAUGAUGAAGGCCAAAGAUAAGGCUGUUACCGGUCUAACCAAGGGUAUUGAAAGUUUAUUCAAAAAGAAUGGAGUAGAUUAUGUUAAAGGUCAUGGUAGAUUAGUUAGCGCAAAUGAAAUUGAGGUUGAUGGUCUGGAUGAGCCAACACCUUUUAAAGGCUUAGAGAUUGAUGAAAAACAAAUUGUCACUUCGACUGGUGCACUUUCACUAGAAAAAGUACCAGAAAAAAUGGUUGUUAUUGGCGGUGGUAUUAUUGGUCUUGAAUUAGGCUCUGUAUGGAAACGCUUAGGUUCUGACGUGACAGUUGUAGAAUAUCUUGAUUCUAUAGGUGCUGGAAUGGACGGCGAGUGCGCGUAUGGCAUUAAAUUUAAAAUGGGUACAAAAGUUAUUGAUGCUUCUAAAAAGGGUGGUAAGGUGUUCGUGAAUGUUGAACCUGCGAAGGGAGGUUCCAAAGAAACCUUGGAAGCAAAUGUAGUUCUAGUUUCAAUUGGGCGACGUCCUUAUACAGAAAAUCUUGGUUUAGAAAAUGUGGGUAUUGAACUUGAUGAAAAAGCUCAUAAGGCUGAGGAAGAAGGAAUUGCUGCUGUUGAAUAUAUUGCUGGAGGUCAUGGCCAUGUUAAUUAUGAUGUGAUACCAUCUGUAAUUUAUACACACCCUGAAGUAGCAUGGUGUGGUAAAACCGAAGAAGAAGUAAAAGCAACGGAUAGACCAUAUCGUGUUGGUAAUUUCCCUUUCGCUGCGAAUUCUCGUGCUCGUACCAAUCUUGAUACACAGGGUUUUGUUAAGAUAAUCUCUGAUGCUGAAACGGACACUAUUUUGGGAGUACAUAUUAUUGGUCCCAAUGCUGGAGAAAUGAUUGGUGAAGCUGUGUUGGCUAUGGAAUAUGGAGCAAGUAGUGAAGAUAUUGCACGAACAUGUCACGCUCAUCCG